ACCUUCAAAUCUAUAUUGUCGUAGUCUGCUAGCGAAACCUAACCUUAUCUCAUGUACUCUGAAAUUUUACUAUCUGAAUUAGGAAAAGCUUUUGUUUUGAAGACAGUUUUCCACUAGAAGAAUAGAUGAAGAUGUGUGACAGAAAAUUACUAGAUAUAAUAUAUAUAGAAAAUUGAUGUAAUUACGUCAUGAAAUCUGUUUCAUGCAGUAUGAAGAAAUUCUUAGCUUUUGUAUUUGCCAUGUUUCGAUUAGUCAGGAGCACGAAAGAAAUUUCUGAAAAAUGAUCAACUUGAUGUUUUAGAUAUUGUUAAAGUGUUCACAUAACCUUGAAAUUCAUUGACAUCCUUUUCGGCGGGAAUCUCGAAACAUUUAUGUUUUCAUUUGAUUGUCCAUAAAAAUGUCUCAAAAUAUUUUGAAAAGCAGCUUAGAAAAUGCUUCCUUCAAUAUUAUAUUUCAGAUAUUGUGCAGAGGAGUUACUUUUGUUUUAAAUGCUUUUGUUGUUCGUCAUGUGGGUCAAGCUGUUUUAGGAGUCAUAAAUGUGAGGCUAUUAUUAUUGGAAUCAAUGAUCUUAUUUCUAUCUCGAGAACCAUUCAUGAAAGCAUGUUUAACUAAUACAAUAGAGCACAAUUGGGCUCAAGUUGUAAAUUUAUUAUGGAUGACGGUUCCUAUAUGUUUUUUAAUGUCUUUGAUGUUUGGCUAUAUUUGGCUUUCUGUUUUAUCAACUUCUGAAACAUUACCAUCAUAUUAUACAUUUGCAGUUUGGGCAGUUGCUUUAUCUUGUAUUAUUGAAUUAUCAUCUUUAAUUGUUCAACUGGUUGCUAGUGCAUUUUUAUUUGUUAGGUUGAAAAUUAUACUGGAUACUAUCAUGAUUGCUAUUCGUACUGUAACAUUUGUUCCAUUGAUACUUCAUAAUCCAGAAAAUGCAUUGUUAGCAUUUGGUAUAGCUCAAUUAGUUGCAGCAGUAUUUUAUACUACUAGUCAUUAUUUAUAUUUUCAUUAUUAUAUUAAAAAAAUUAAUAAGUGUAAGUUAAAGAGAAAAAUGUCAUUGAAAGAUAGUAGUGAUGAAUAUGUUGUGAGAGAAUUUCCAUUUAAAACAUUAAAGGAUUUUUUGCCUGGACAAUUGGAAAAUAAAGAAUCAUAUCUAGAUAAAAAAUUGACUAUUCUUACAUGGAGUUUCUUUAGACAAGGAUUUCUAAAGCAAGUUUUAACAGAAGGGGAAAGAUUAAUUAUGACGGUAAUGCCAGUGUUAACAUUUACUGAACAGGGAACAUACGAAAUUAUAAAUAAUUUAGGUUCUUUAGCUGCAAGAUUUAUUUUCCGUCCAAUAGAAGAAAGUGGUUAUUUUUAUUUUACCCAAAUGGUAAAACGAGACAAACCAGUUAAUGAUCAAAAUCCUAUUAAAAUACAAGAAAGUGUAAAUGUGCUUACACAUUUAUGUUCAGCUGUUAUGUCAAUUGGUUUAGUUGUUUUAGUAUUUGGACAAUCAUAUUCAAGUACAUUAUUAUGGUUAUAUGGUGGUGCUAAAUUAACUUUACAUCUACCAGUACUUUUAAUGCGAGCACAUUGUUUAGCUAUAUUACUUUUGGGAAUAAAUGGAGUAACAGAAUGUUACACUAAUGCAACAGCUGAUAGUGCAACUAUAAACAAGAGUAAUUUGAUUAUGAUUUACGAAUCAAUUGCAUUUUUAUGUGCAUCCUAUUUGUUUGCUAUUUGGUUUGGACCAGUUGGUUUUAUCCUUGGAAAUUGUGUAAACAUGAGCUUAAGAAUUCUACAUUCUAUUAUUUUUAUCAAUAAAAGAUAUAAAGAUACAAUGUACCGUCCAUUACGUGGAUUAGUACCAAAGCCUAUGUUUUCUGCUUCUCUUCUCAUAGCAGCAUUGACUACUAAUGUGUCUCAUGCUUAUUUUUUCCCAAAUGAGAAGAUAUUGCACUUAAUUAUUGGAAUGAUAAUGUUUAUGAUAGUACUUAUAUCUUGGAUAUAUGAACAUCAUGAUUUAAUUAGACUUGGUACAAACAAAUGGUAUGAAAGAAAAAAUAUAUAUAAGAAAAAUGAUUGACCUUAAAUAUAUUUCUAAUGAUGAUUUCUUGAUAUUUAUCUAAAUUGUCUACAAAGGUGCUACAAUAUAAAACUUCUAUUAAAAUCUUGUAAAAUUUAA